CUAGGGUUUGCGCCAGAGAACAAGUGAGCCAUAUGUGAUUUUGUGCGUGACCAAAGGCUGGUCUACGUGCGCAAUUGAGCUGCGUACAUUGAAGGCCACGCGCGGCGCCGGCGAAGCCCGACGCAAGCUGUGAUACCGGAAUAUCAGUAUCAGCGCGUCGAUGCGCUACUUUUAGAGGGCCAAGAGCGACAAUGAACACACACCUCAACUCUUCGCUGUCCAAUGGCGCGUCGACCGGCGGGUCCUCGAGGGCAUUGAUCGCAGGCCGAAUGGUAGCCCCGGCGACGCGGUCAGUAGCUGCCGCGCAGCCCCGCUGCGCCGGCCCUUCGCUGCCGCUGCCCGCCUCGCUGCUGGGCUCGCGCCCGGCGCCCUGCUCUCGCCUCGCCGGCCGGCGGCUGACGCGCCAGCUGCGCACGCACAGCACGCAGCCCGCCACGCCCGCAUACGAACCGCGUGACGGCGCCUCCCCCUCCUCCAGCGUGGCGGACGCCGCCGCCAGCACGUGGGACGCCGCGCAGCAGCCCACCACCUCGAGCCAGUUCGCGCCGCAGGCGCGCGCCGCAGCCGCUCCCAAGCGCGUUUGCAUCUUUGUAGAGCCCUCCCCCUUCACCUACGUGUCUGGCUACAAGAACCGCUUCACCACCAUGAUCCGGUACCUGGUGGAGGCGGGCUGCCAAGUACUGGUGGUCACCACGGGCAAGGGCUACACGCUACCGGGUGUGGACGCCUCCAGCUUCCGCGAGCAGCCCGAGACGUUCGCGGGCGCCCGCGUGGUGUCGGCGCUCAGCUUCGGCUGCCCCUGGUACCUGCAGGUGCCGCUGACGUUUGCUCUGUCUCCUCGCAUCUGGCGCGAGGUGCGCGACUUCCAGCCCGACCUCAUCCACUGCUCCUCGCCCGGCGUCAUGGUGUUCGCCGCCAAGCUGUAUGCCUGGCUGCUCAAGAAGCCCAUCGUGCUGUCCUACCACACGCACGUGCCCUCCUACCUACCCAAGUACGGCAUCAGCUACCUGGUCCCGGCCAUGUGGGGCUUCCUGCGCAUGCUGCACGCCACGGCGCACCUGACGCUGACGGUCAGCCCGGCCAUGGUGGACGAGCUGGUCACCAACAGGGCCGUCAACAGCGCCAAGCAGGUGCAGGUGUGGAAGAAGGGUGUCGACAGCGAGGUCUUCCACCCGCGCUUCCGCUCCGCAGCCAUGCGCGAGCGGCUCACAGGCGGCCAGCCGGACCGGCCCACGCUGGUGUACGUGGGGCGGCUGGGGUUUGAGAAGAACCUGUUCUUCCUGCGCGAGGUGCUGCAGCGCAACCCGGGCGUGGGGCUGGCGUUCGUGGGCGACGGCCCGGCGCGGCAGGAGCUGCAGGCGGCGUUCAAGGGCACGCCCACGCAGUUCCUGGGCAUGCUGCACGGCGAGGACCUGUCGGCCGCCUACGCCUCCUCGGACAUUUUCGUGAUGCCCAGUGAGAGCGAGACGCUGGGCUUCGUAGUACUGGAGGCCAUGGCCAGCGAGCUGCCGGUGGUGGCGGUGCGCGCGGGCGGCAUCCCCGACAUCAUCACGCCCGGGGACAGCGGCGUGACUGGCUUCCUGUACGAGCCGGGCGAUGUGGACAAGGCGGCCGAGCUCAUCCAGCAGCUGGCGGCGGAUGCGCAGCUCAGGUCGCGCGUGGGCAUCCGCGCCCGCCAGGAGGUGGCCAAGUGGGACUGGCGCGCCGCCACCAUGCACCUGCUCAACGUGCAGUACCCCAUCGCCAUGGCGGCGGCGGCGGCGCAGUACGGCGAGGCUCUGGGCCGCGUGGCGCAGGAUGCGCUGGCGGCGCAGCCGCCGCAGACCGGCGGCCUUACGCCGCGCGCGGCAUGAGGGAUGCGGGUUAGCUGGCUAUGGGCUUGGGGUUCGGGCUAACUGAGGCGUUGGAAGCUGCUGUUGCGCACUUGCGGGCUCGCGGGCGGUCAGGGGUUCCCUGGCCGCGGGAUCUGAUGCCACGGUGCGUGAUCCUGUGAGGGUGUACAUGAUAGCGGUCAUGGUUUGGGGCGUGGGGCUUGGCAUGCGAGGGGGCCGUGGGAGCUCGCAUGGGUUCGCUGUGGUGGCAAUGCGGUUGCCCGGUGGUCCUGGUAUUGUUGCUGCGCGUGAGGAACUAAACAUCGCAACAGGGGGUUGUAAGCGGGUGUAGGCGUUGGCGUGCGGGUCCGUUGCCGAGGCUGUCCACUUGAUGGAACACGACGACACCGCAGAAGGACUAGGUCUGGGCAGGACGUAAACAUAUGUUGCGGGGUUGGCCGUCGUGGUUGGCCAUUGUCGCGUCCGUGAGUCAUGUGUGACUGUGAGCGUCAACGGGUGACUACAUUGAUGGACUUGCGGUUGACAAGUUUAGGUUCAUGCACUGUCGUUCUCUCAUGUGUGCCACGUCCGAGAAGAAGAACCAUGAGGGUAUCACAUGCAACUCUUUGCACAACAACACAUACAUAUGACGAAAUGGGGACCCGGGAGAAGAGUGCGGGGAUAAUGCCCGCUGGUAUUUCAUUCACUCGCGGUGGCAGCAUGGAGUUUGGUGGGCAAUCACACGGCUCUGGAGAGAUUACGGGCACCGGUCUCUGGCGCAUGCAGGACGUUGAGCCCAAGUACUCCUGGGCACGUCCACUGAUUUUACAUCGUGUCGUCAAAUUUACCGUUUGUGCGUCGCUCAGGCACUUCUACUUGUUGCGGAUGGCGUCUUGCACGCUUCAUCGCACGGGCGUUCCGCAUGCGCGUUCUGGCGUUGGCGCGGUGGGGCAGCUUCGAGCCUGUUGCUGUACGUGGUUGCCAGGGACGAUGUCGAGGGAUGCUGCAAACGGCCACGGUUCUGCUAUCAUGACGCGGGGCAUGGGCUUUCUGCAAGUGCGUUCGAGGGCGUGCAGUAUGAGCUCCCCUUACGGUACAGUCACCCUGCCCUGUACAACCCCAGAACGUAUUGCGCGCCAAAGCACCAGAGAGAUCAGCUGUGGCGGGCCUGCCGCAUGCCAGCUGGCGCAAAGGGCCUGGCCAACUUUCGCGCCACUGCAACAUAACUGUUGAUCCUCCGUGCCCUUGCAGUUCUUUUUUCGGGGCCAAAGUGCCGAACCGUUCAUGCCUGAGCACGCUGAGGGACGGGCAACUCUUUAGCUGCGCCUGGUACGCCCCGUACACGUAGUUUUACGGCAUGAGGCUGCAUUUUGAGACCUUGCACACGGUCUUAUAGAUGGAUCGUGUUCGCGCAGGGAGUCGAGGGGGAGGGGGCGAGCGGGAGGGGCAGGGCGGGCCAGGGGCCAGGGCUCACGAGGGUCGAGGGGGAGGCUUUGGCCCGGGUCUGUAUCAGCCGUCCACUUAGAUACUGUCAAGUUUGAAUGCAAGGCCACAGGGCAAUGCCUUUCGAACUGGCUGACGACGGGACGUGGAAAUGCAGCGAACGAGUUUCACUCAGAGUUUCACUGGAUGCCAGCUGAUCUCCUGAGCUCGUGGCCCGAAGACCCCGUUAAUGCUCGCUAAGCACACUUGUCAUGUUGACCUUACAAAUGCGCUCAUCAAACCCCGCGCCUUCGGGUCCUUCUGCUCAGAGAUUUGUUUGUUGAUUGCCGCGCCGCAGCAAGCCCAGCUGGUCCGCUGUGCGCUUAUGUAAGCAGCACGAAAG